UCAUAUAUUUUGUACAUUAUUUUGGCGUGUGUUUGACACUGUUUCCGUGCGCGUGAGCCGAGUCGUUGAACCGAUUUUUUUGUGGCGUCACAGAUAUGACCCCGCCCCAUACACGACUUCAGACUCAGCAACACAGCAAAGCAGCAGACCGCUUGAGACUCAACGCAACUUCUUGACUUUUUUUCAUUCUUGUAUUUUUUGGCCUGAUUUUUUUUUUUUUUUUUAUCGUCAUCAUCAUUCAAGAGAGUAAGGAGCAUCAUGUGUUGAAAGAGACAACAUGGAGAAACAGAAAGUGUUGUCCAAGCUGAUGUGGGACCUCCGGUCCUUCCUGUCGGUUCUCGACUCCGAGAACUUGAGCUACAUCGCUCAAGCCCAGAAGAAGUCCAUCUCAGAGUUGGUGUCGUCUCUGCAAACGCAAGAAACUCCAGCGGAGGACGCCGAAUACGUUGUCAUGAGCUGUCCGUCAUCAAGGCCAGGCGACCAAAAUUCAAGAGAGUCUGAUGUCUGGACGAGAGAUGAGGUUGCAGCGUUGCCAACCCAUCCUGCAGAGGCCCAUCAAAAUACUGCUGGUGAUGAUGAUGAAGAUGACGAAACCUAUGAAGAAGCACAACCCUACAAGGCUGACAGUCACCAGCAUCUUCCAGAAAAUGAGAACAGCUACUACGAGUCGUACGGCGAGGAGGAUGAGGAUGAUGAUGAAGAACACAUGAAGGACAGUGCUCACUACAUCCAGUGGAGUUCCUCUCAGCCUUGUCUCAGACCCCCUCCGGAGUCUCGCCUAUGUGGCUACCUGUGGAGGAGGAAGUGGUUGGGACAGUGGACCAAGCAGCUCUUUAUCAUCAGAAACCACAUGCUGCUGUGCUACAAGUGUGUGCGGGACCUCCUUCCUCACCUUCAGUUGAAUCUGCGCGGCUGCCAAGCGCUCUAUAAACUGAAGAGCAACCGGAAGAUUCCGCACCAACUCAAGCUUGUGCUGCGGGGGGCCGACACUCUUGUUCUGGGAUACGGCAGUUUCCAGCAGGCCGACGAGUGGCGCCAGGUGAUCGAAGAACUUAGUGUUGACGGUGAAGACCAGAACACCAAUGGAAGCAACUCUGAACUUUCUCUGUGGUCCCGCAGGUCCAGCGUACUCCUGACACACACAAACCAGCAAGAAACUGCAUAUCAACGACACAGGAGCAAAGGUGUGGUGAGCGUACUGAUGAAUUGUCAGUGGCAGAGUCUGCUGUGUCAGGUGGAGGCGGGUAUUCUCAACAUGUUUGCAGCCGAAGAGGAAGAAGAAGCCAGCCAGCGGUGGCACGCUCGCUCUCCUCAGUACAAGCUGCAGCUGCGAGGCUGCCGGGUGAAAGCGGCGCCCGACGGCCAGGGGCCACAUAGGAUCACGUUGAGCGUACCGGGCGAGCAGCUGGCCGUGUUGGAGGUGAGCUCGGCAGACGAGAAGCGACGAUGGACGCGCCUCCUAGAAGACGCGGCAGCCGCUUUCCUGGACGAAAAGACGCCACUGCACACCCACGUCAGUGGACACACCCUGAAUACGUACACGGACCAGCCUUUGCGCACCAGUCCAGCACCGCAAGCGGUCUACUCCAAUACCCAAGUGCUGGAGCACACGCUUCAGAGCUCUCAGGACGCCGACUAUAACAGCCAAAGUCCAGACAGGAAAUGGUCAGAGGUGGCACCGCGUGGCAUUCAGAAGUUGGAACUGACGGGCAGAAAGGACGUACGCAUGAGGGCGGGUUCCGAAGCUAACCUGAUGUCGGCGACCCAUCGGAACAAACGCUCGUCUUUUAGACAAUCACUUGCUGUGUGCGGUGAGCGGGCGCAGGCCAGUCUGCUGAACCCUCUCCUACGUCGUACGGCAUCCGUCAAGACCUCGCUGAGAAGAGCUCCGUCAACGCUCUUCAUCGAGCACGGAAAAGUUUUCCAGAGGAGGAAGAAAUGGGAGAGCAAAACUAGCGCUUGACACCAUGUGGCAAAGUGUUUAUUUGAACAUUUAGCCACAUGGCUACACAACCAUAUGACUUCCUCUGAGAUGAUACGACUUUGACACGAGCACCCUUUAACUUAUUGUUUUUGACACAAAGUAACAGAAGCGAUGUGUAUUUAUUUGCUGUUAGUUUGCGGUUUGGUUACUUUCACUGUAAGGUUUAGGAUUCAUUUGUGUGGACGCGCAUCAGAAGUUUGUCAUGAUCAGCGUGUGCAUUUCCUUCACAACCAAAAGCACAAAUCAUCCCUCUUAAUCAUUAAAGUUUUUUUUUUUUUUUAAUCUUAAAGUAAUACUUUGACAAAUAGAAAGUUGAUUGUGUUUAUUGUGUUCAUUGUUCACAUCACAUUCAUCAUCCACGUAAGAAACAACAGCACUACUUCUCUGAAAUUGCCGUACAUUAAAUGAUUAAUAAUAUAUGUAAAUGAGCUGAGAGCACACAGUGAUGUUUCAUUCGAUGCUGAUUAGUUAUUGACCCUGUCACGUGUUAAGAUCACGCAUGCAGCAGGCGUGGAACACAAAAUUCAUUUUCAAAAACAUUCAAAAAUGAGGGGGGAAAAAAACAACAAACGGGUGUUAGUGACUCUUAUCAAAAACGAAGCGCUAAUCUUGUCUUUUGUGUGAAGUCAUCUCUAAAAUCCAUCGUAAAAAAUGCUGAUGCGAUGUCAUCAGUCUACGCCUGUCCAUUUUUUGUCCCGGUCGGUCGAGUCGCUUCAGAGUCA